UCCGCCCCCUUUUGUGGCGGUGCCAGGCGGCCGCCGGGUUUCCUGCUGACGCCGGAGAGCCGCGGAUGGGCAGGAAAGGCCGCCGCCGCCGCCUCCUCUUCUUCUUCUUCUCCUCCUCCUCCUCCUCCCGCCCGCUGGCUCCCGCCUCGCCCCCGCUCGCCUCGCCGGCAGGAUCGCGGAGCGGCCCGGGCUGAAAGCUCGCCGGGAGACGCGGGGCGGAGAGGGCGCAGGUGCGGCUCAGGCCCGGGGAUCGCGGGGGCCGGGCGGCCGCGCCGAGGGGACGACCGGGCGGGAAGGCCCCCGGCCGCGGGCGGACAUGGCAGCCCCCGCUUCUUAAAUGCGUCCAGCCGCCCCCCUGCCCCCGCCGCCGAUGGCCGAAGCCUGGAGGUUGGAGGAGGACGAGGAGGAGCUGCGGGAGCUCGGCAGGAGGCACCGGAGGGUCGCCCUGGGCUCGGCGGCAGAUCGCUCUGAAAGAAAUAAACCAGACUGCCGCUCUUCAGGGCAAGGACCCUUGUCAUCCAUAAAAGCAGCAAUCAAGAGAUCUUCUCGGACCUCUAGCCACAGCGAGCAGCAGAGGGACAGGAGGCGUCCUGAGAUUACAAUAGUUGCUGCUGAACCCCUCCGGCCAUCCUCCUGGUUUCCAGGUGCAAGCCCCGUCACUCCUCAGGGAUUAGGAUUCCCUUCUGCUUCAUCUCAUGCUCAGUGGAGGAGAAAUGAGCAUAUUCCAGUUGAGCUUCCACCGUCGUAUGAGCAGGUGAUAAAAGAAAUCAAUCAAGUACAAAUCAAUACAACAAAUAACAAUAAUGCUGCUGCCCCUAGACAUACCACUACUUCUGCAACGCAAACUGACUUUCCAGAGGAACUAAUCAGCCAUUUGCCGGGAAGUGAUGUAAAAACUAUUGUGCCUACACACUGGGAAUCUGCAGGCUAUCCAGCAGGGCAGAGUCCUCUUAAACCUCCUAGGCCUUCUGCAUCUCUCCUGAAUAGGUCUCCUUCAGAAAAUGAGAAUCCCUUAAUAGUCUUUGAAAUUUCUGAAGGUCAGAGGUGCCAAGAAAACCCCAAUGCUGUGAUACGUCCUGUGCCAAAGCCAAGAUCAAGAAGCAAUCUCAGAUCUGUGGUCAAAAAUACUGAAAGUAAGAUAGAGAAUGGAGAAGAAGUGAAUGAGUCUACCACAAAAAGGCAACAACCUCCAACUCAGCAGUCACCUCUCUUAGAUGAUAGCUUACUAGACAAUCACUUGACAAUGGACAGCAUGAGUACAGAAAAGAGCCAAAAUAGUAUCGUUUCAAGGAUCAAAGUUUUUGAAUCCCAAGGAACUAAUGAUACCUCAGGAUUAUUAAAAAAGCCAGAAAUUGCCCCUCGUUCAUUCACCCCAAGACCUGUUCCUGCAAAGAAGCCAGUAGUUGCUCCAAAGCCAGGGGUAAGCAGAAUUUCAGGAGACUGGGAUGCAUGGACAGAAAGCAAAUCAACACCUUCAAAGGAAUUGCAGCCUCAACUUGAAGUAGUUGGGAGCAGUUUUGUAACCAAACCUGAACUGCCAAAGAAGCCGAAACCUGGCCUUGUUAAAAGUAGUAGUAGUGAUUUUCUUGAUGCAAGGAGUGGAUCAGUGGCAGAGAACAGCGGUGGACAAAAGAAAUUUCCUGUUCCUGCGCCAAGGCCACUCGUUCCUAAAAAGUCACGUUAUGCAGAAAAUCCUGCCCUUUCUUUGGCGUCACUAAAACCAAUUGCUGCUCCCCCACGGGCCUCUGUAUCUGCCCAAGAAAAAGCUUUCAAGUCUCUGGGGGAAACGUCACCUGCAGCUAACUCCUCAGCACCUGCUUUGCAAAAUAAACUGGAUGUGGAAGGAGAUCUGAUCAGUUUUGAUGAUGACGUUUUGCCCCUAAGUCCAGCUUGUGUAGUUAAAGAUAGCAUCAGUUCUGAAGCAGCAGCAGAUCCAUUUCAGUUCGUCACCAAAAGUGAACCUGCAAAAGAACAGACAGCUCAACCGGCUUUAGCCCGGAAACCCACUGUGAUCCGAAUCCCAGCUAAACCUGGGAAAUCUUUAAAUGAAAUCCUGCAUAGCCCUCCACCACUUCCUGCUGAAAAGCCUAUUGGGAACACCUCCGAUAUCACAGUGGGAAAACCCAACAGUGGUGACCUAGUAAAAAAAGUGGAGUCGGAUCAUUCAGAACAAGGUGGAGUGCCUCAGCUAGAACCUGUACUACCCCCAAGGCCUGUGGAUGGAAAAAUUAUACCUGCUCGACCUCCCCCACCUAAAGGUGUUCCUGGAAGGCCGCCUCCACCAAAACUCUCUGCAGCCAAGACCUCCUCCCAGAAGGAUGCUCUUCCACGAUCUAUUUCUGACAUUGCUCAUGAUAAAAAGCCCAGCAAGUUCAGAUUGGGACCCCAGAGAGCAAAAAGUCAAGUCAUUAAAAGUCCAGAUCUGGCAUUACCUCCUAGACCUAAACCAGGUCAUCCUCUCUACAAUAAAUACAUGCUACCUGUGCCUCAUGGAGUUGCCAAGGAAGAUUGUCUUCCCAGGAGCACUGGAGAACUGUCCUGUAAGGAUUCAAACCACCCUCCAAAAGUUUCUGACACAAGUGCACCUCAUGCUGUAGUCCUGCAUGAUUUUUCUGCAGAGCAUGCUGAUGACUUGGACCUUCAUUCUGGAGACACCGUUUGUCUUUUGGAGAAAAUCGAUACUGAGUGGUACAGAGGAAAAUGUGGGAAUCGCACAGGGAUAUUUCCUGCCAGCUUUGUUAAAGUAGUUAUUGAUGUUCCAGAAGAAGGCAACAGGAAAAAAAUACCCUGUUCAUCACAAUGUGUUAAAGGCCCAAGGUGUGUAGCACGAUUUGAAUAUAUUGGAGAUCAGAAAGAUGAGCUCAGUUUUUCAGAAGGUGAAACCAUUAUGCUUAAAGAAUAUGUAAAUGAAGAGUGGGCCAAAGGAGAGCUCAGAGGCACAUCUGGAAUUUUCCCCUUGAACUUUGUGGAAGUAAUUGAAGAUCUGCCUGGAACAGGUACAGGAGCAGCACUGAAGAACAAGGUGGAGGUUUCUUCUUCCCUUCCUCAGAACAACAGACGCUCAGUAGAGUGGUGUGAAGCACUUCAUGAUUUUACAGCAGAAACCAAAGACGAUUUAUCCUUUAAAAAGGGAGACUACAUCCAAAUACUGGAACAAGUAGAUUCAGAGUGGUAUAAAGGAAGACUGAAUGAAAAGGAAGGGAUUUUCCCAGCAGUUUUUGUUAAGACCUGCUCAGCCAGGGUAGAGCUGUCACAGUCUCUAGGAAGGAAGAAAGGAAAAGCCAAAGCUCUUUAUGAUUUUCAUGGAGAAAAUGAAGAUGAGCUUUCCUUCAAAGCAGGUGAUACAAUAACAGAGCUGGAAGCUGUAGACGAAGACUGGAUGAGCGGAGAGAUACAAGGGAAGUCUGGGAUAUUUCCCAAGAACUUUGUUCAGAUUUUAAAAGCACCGUGAAUUGUUGCCUCUCUUUGCACUCCCUGCAUGUGGGAGAGAAUGUUUUCUAUCCUAAAGGCACAUCAAAGACAUCAUCGUUUUGACUAUCAAUGUUUUGCACUACUUUUUCUAGACAGUCAUACUAGUGUCUUGAAGUCAAAUAAGAAAAAUUUGAGUCUUCUGUGACAGUGUAUGUAGUCAUGCUUCAUGAAUGCUCUGAGAGCAAAUAAAAGCAGGAUUUUUAGCAGUUUCCAACUAGGGAAAUACUGUGGUGCAACACCAUUUUAACUUAAAUAGCCUUCUAGUGUGUUUACUAUCUGGUAUUACAUUUAUCAUGCACAGAGUCUGCAUAAAGUAAGGUUCUUUGGGCUUCUUUAAAAACUUUUUUUAAAUUCAAAUUUAAAAAAUUGUUUUUAAGAUAUAAUUACAGCACUCAGUAUGUAGAUCAAGUUUGAUAUCCAAGUUUCAUUACUGCCUGACUUCCACAUUAGCAGUAGAAUCCACUUGUUUUAUGACUUAGAGAAUAAGGAAGAUAACUGAUAUUUCAUAGUAGAAAAAUAUAAAAUCUAAUACUGGUAAGAGGGAAAACUCCGAAGCCAAUCCUUGUGUAGUAUUCUUCUAUUCUUAGCCCAAGCUGCUCAUACAGGAAGAUCACAAGAAUUUAAGUAUUUUGUCUCUUAACAAAUAAUGUUCAAAUAGGUAUGAAUCAUCUUAGACCUUCCUCCCUUCCCCUAAAAUCCCUUCCAGAUAUAGGUUUAAUGUUUCUACUGUUGUUUGAGCUCCAUCGUACCCUCCUUUCCCAGCUGAAGCCAGUUGUGAUGGACAGCAUUUACUGAGCUUUCUCAGAUCCCUCCAUGCAGUAGCUGCACUAUUCCAACUAUUUGCCCCUCCACCCCCUUCAUGUAAGUGGAAAGCCAGUCUUCGCUCAGUCUGCAUUUCAUUUGUCACUCAAGCACUGGAACAUACUUCAGUAACACUAUUCCUAUCCUUAACACGAAGGAUAUUUUACAGCCUUGGUUUUAGCUUUCAGCAGACAUGGGAUUAGUUUUCAGUUUGUUACCACAUACCAGCUAUACUGAGCAUCAUUAUAAAUGGUCUGUCGAGGCCUUAAGGAAAACACGCAGGGCAAGAGGUUACUUCAAGAAGCUCCAAAAGCAUUUAGUAAAAAGCAGCAAACAAACUAAGAUAGCCAUGAUGGAGGUAGCGUCACAUGGUAGGAACAUCUGGUAGUAAAUUCCUUUUUGCAACACUUGGCUUCUGACAAAAAAGUUAAAACACAUCUCCAUUAACCACUAACUUCAUCAGACUGGAACGGAAAGAAUUAUGCUGCAGUUGGGGCUUUCAUUGCUUGACAGCAUUCCUUCACUUUUGUACAGAAAGGAACCAGUAAGCUGUUAGCAUGGGUCAUUACUCAUGCAGGUAUCAAGAUAUCCUUAGGAGCUUUUUCUUUGUGGGUCUGGAAGUUCAGGUUGCAGAAGGGCCAACAGUUGAGUGGCAGAUGGAGACUGGAAAUGGGAAUCAUGAUUGACCUUGAGAUAGUUUUGACUGUCAUGUGUCUGCUUACAACUUUACCAACACCAGGUCCAAGUACGAUGGCUUCAAAUACCUACUGCCACAAAAGAUCAGGGUGUGCCCAAACUGGUGUCUAAGCACGCUGGUGAGUGUAGCCCUCCCCUCCCCGCGCACAUGCUUUGGUUACCAUCGCAGCAGGCAGAAGCAAGCUUACAGCCAAAGCUGGGCUGAAGGACUCCCCCACAGCAGGGACCAGGCGUCCAGUCUCAGUAGCAGACUGGAGCUUGCCUGAAGCCAGCCCAAGGAACAGACAGCACAGACACAAGGUUCUUGGUGCCACUUUGCUCUGCAGAGCCACUGCUACGCCACAGUACUUGCAGAUAUGGACACAGGUGUUAGCCGUCUGUUUUUUUCUCUAGAAGCCUCAUGAACAUGAGGUGCUGUAUAUUUAAACUGCACCAAUACCAUUCACACAACUGGGGGAUGAAGAUCACAUGCAGGGUUAAUGAGCCAAGAACUGGAUUUCUACUUUCAUUAAGGGGAUUAACAUUAUAAAAACCAAUUAGAAAUCAUGUGCUAUUCUAGAAAGGUGGAAACACAACAAUUUAUGCAGCUAUUAAAUUUUACCAUCUCCAACAAGCCUAUCUGGAACUCCUGUAGAAUCUAACGUAAGCCCACCUCCUUAUUUAUUCCAAUAAAACAGCCAUCUCCUAGAGGAAUCCAAGGAAACAUAUAUAGAUAGGUAAGAUUUCCUGACUCCUGCAAGCCCACUCAGACUUUUCAACCAUAAACUUUCAGUUGAUCGCCCUGUUAGAACAGGCUUCUCUCGCCAUGACCUGUGCCAACCUGAUUCCUGAACCUCCAGCGUGCACAGCGGGGGGAGAACAGCAGAACCAAGCAAAGCCCACACCAACAGAAUACCCAGGUCCUCCAAAGACAUACUGCAUCAUCGUGGUGGUGAGUGAGGCUGAAGUGUGUAAUGUUUACUUACCGUUUGUCUGGCAGUUUUCUAAGAUUUUGAUACGAGUCUCAAAAGUAGAACCCUUUUGUAUAAUUUUUUUUUCAAUUUUUUCUUCCCCGUUUUUAUAACUGUGUAUAAACCAGUUGUUUUUGUAAAUUCCACUGAAUGUUUGAAGUCAGUGCCUGUCAGUAGAUAAGACCACUCUGCUUUAUUUUAUUCAUCUCCUCCCUAUUAUGCAGGGCAGGAAGAGCAGCAAAGCCUUAUAAUCAGAGCAAGGAGUGCCAUCUACAGGCUGCUUGCAUUACUGCAGGCAGCUAAAACAGCAUAUUUAUUAAAACUGAAACAAGUUAGAUGCUCGGCUUUUACAGGAAGGGAUUUCUUAAUAUAUGAUGCCUACUAUCACCAUGAAACUGCAUAUAGAUCAUAACAUAAAAUUCCUAAGGUGUACAGUGCAUAAUCUGCAAAAAAAAAACAGAGAAUGAGGUGGAGCACAAAUCCUAACAGCAGUAUAGUAGCAAAUUUGAGCUGUAACCUUGAAAUUCAGCUAGACCCCCAUACGUUAGUACAGUAAUAAAAGCCUCAUUUAUAAAAACAUUUUCUGUUUGAUCCACCCUCUGGAAAUAUCGUCGGGAAGACAUCUUUGUUCUGUGUACAACUAACAGUGUCCUAAAUAAAUCUUUGUUAAGUCCAGUAAGUUUGUUAUGGUACCUCUGUAAAUUAAGAAUGUAUUUAACCAAUAAAAUUUUUAUAAUUAA